GACGUACAUCAUGGCGGCGUUUGGCGGAGCCUGGGACAGGUGAAGGAAGAGCCGCCUCCGGUCGCCCACCUUCUUUGCAGCCAUGUCGGGGGCCGGCAACAAGCGCGCAGCCGGGGAUGGGGGCUCGGGCCCCUCGGAGAAGAAGCAGAAUCGAGAGGAGAAGACCACGACCACCCUUAUCGAGCCCAUCCGCCUGGGAGGAAUCUCCUCCACGGAGGAGAUGGACCUGAAGGUGCUACAGUUCAAGAAUAAAAAGUUGGCUGAGCGACUGGAGCAACGACAGGCCUGUGAAGAUGAAUUAAGGGAGCGGAUUGAAAAGCUAGAAAAGCGCCAGGCCACUGACGAUGCUACGUUGCUCAUUGUCAACCGCUACUGGGCCCAGCUGGAUGAAACUGUAGAGGUCCUACUUCGACGACAUGAGGGACGGGGAGAAUUGCUAUCUAGGACAGAGGAACCAGGAGCUCAAGAUGGCACUGAACCUGAUGGGGCCCCUCUGCCUGAACUGGGAACCACAGAGAGAAGAGAUCUGCCCACUCUCCAGCUCCGGCCCCCACUGAGCGAGCCAGCUUUGGCUUUUGUGGCAGCCCUGGGGGCCAGCAGUAGUGAAGAGGUAGAACUUCAGCUCCAGGGCCGCAUGGAGUUCUCCAAGGCAGCAGUGUCCAGAGUAGUAGAGGCCUCAGACCGACUUCAUCGGCGAGUAGAAGAACUGUGUCAUCGAGUCCAAAGCAGAGGAGAGUGUGAGUCCCUCGGGGAAGGACUUCGGACUUUAACCAGGGAACUCGGACAAGACAACAGGCGACUGCAGGACUUGACCACACACCUGCAGGAGAAGCACCACCGAAUCUCUCUGGAAUACUCAGAACUCCAAGACAAGGUGACGUCAGCAGAGACCAAGGUGCUGGAGAUGGAGACUUCAGUGGAGGAUCUUCAGUGGGACAUUGAGAAACUGCGCAAACGGGAACAGAAGCUCAAUAAGCACCUAGCUGAGGCUCUGGAGCAGCUCAAUUCAGGCUACUAUGUAUCAGGGAGCUCAGGGAGUUUCCAAGGAGGCCAAAUCACACUCAGUAUGCAAAAGUUUGAGAUGCUGAAUGCUGAGCUAGAAGAGAACCAAGAGCUGGCCAAUAGCCGCAUGGCAGAGUUAGAAAAGCUUCAGGCGGAGCUGCAGGGUGCUGUGCGGAGCAAUGAACGGCUCAAGGUGGCUCUUCGGAGCCUGCCUGAAGAAGUGGUAAGAGAGACUGGUGAAUACCGACUGCUCCAGGCUCAGUUCUCUUUGCUCUACAAUGAAUCCUUGCAAGUGAAGACCCAGCUAGAUGAGGCACGGGGGCUACUUCUGGCUACCAAGAACUCCCAUCUCAGGCACAUUGAGCACAUGGAGAGUGAUGAGCUGAGUCUGCAAAAGAAGCUUCGAACUGAAGUGAUUCAGCUAGAGGACACAUUAGCGCAGGUGCGCAAAGAGUAUGAGAUGCUGCGAAUCGAAUUUGAGCAGAACCUGGCAGCCAACGAGCAGGCAGGGCCCAUCAACCGGGAGAUGCGCCAUCUGAUCAGCAGCCUGCAAAACCACAACCACCAGCUGAAGGGCGACGCACAGCGGUAUAAGAGGAAGCUGAGGGAGGUGCAGGCGGAGAUUGGCAAGCUCCGGGCACAGACUGUCGGCUCAGGCCCUUCAGCCCCAUCCCAAACUGCCUCUGAGGAUCAGGGAUCAGGAGGAGGGGGAACACUGGCCCCAGUGAAAGAAGAGGAGAGUUCUGGGUCAGGGCCAGCUGCUCUCCAGGAGGUCAAAAAAGAGUCAGUCUCAGCCCCAGUUACCCCCACAGCUUCCACGGCCAGCGUGGUGAAGAAAGAAGAGCCCCCUUUUGAAGAGGAGGUGCCUCUUACCCAGGCCCAAACCCCACACUCUACACCCCAAACCCCUGCUUCCAGGAGCCGGGAGGCUGAGCCUCGAGGAAAACGAGAGCCCCGAGACCGGGAAGGGCCAGGUUCUGGAACCCCAACAUCCUCUUCCUCAAGGGGAGAUCGAGACAAAGCCAAGGCUGAGGAGAGCAAGAGGAAAGAAUCAGAAUUACUCAAGGGACUUCGAGGAGAGCUCAAGAAGGCCCAAGAAAGUCAGAAGGAGAUGAAAUUGCUGCUGGACAUGUACAAGUCUGCCCCCAAGGAGCAGAGGGACAAGGUGCAGCUCAUGGCUGCAGAACGCAAGGCCAAGGCUGAGGUAGAUGAGCUUCGGGGCCGCAUCCGGGAUUUGGAGGAGAAGGAAAGGAGAGAGAGUAAGAAGCUGGCCGAUGAGGACGCUCUUCGAAGGAUCCGACUGGCAGAGGAACAGAUUGAGCACCUGCAGCGCAAACUCGGGGCCACCAAGCAGGAGGAGGAAGCACUGCUGUCAGAGAUGGACGUGACUGGUCAGGCUUUUGAGGACAUGCAGGAGCAAAAUGGUCGCCUUAUACAACAGCUGCGGGAAAAGGAUGAUGCCAACUUCAAGCUAAUGUCGGAGAGAAUCAAGUCCAACCAGAUACAUAAGCUGCUCCGGGAAGAGAAGGAUGAGCUGGGGGAGCAAGUCCUGGGCCUCAAGUCUCAGGUGGAUGCUCAGCUUUUGGUGGUACAGAAGCUGGAAGAGAAGGAACGAGUUCUUCAGGGCAGCCUGGGGAGCAUAGAGAAGGAGCUGACCCUACGAAGCCAAGCGCUGGAGCUGAAUAAGAGGAAGGCAGUGGAAGCAGCACAGCUGGCUGAGGACCUCAAGGUGCAGCUGGAACAUGUGCAGAGCCGGCUUCGGGAAAUCCAGCCCUGCCUGGCCGAGAGCCGAGCAGCUCGAGAGAAGGAGAGCUUCAACCUCAAGAGGGCCCAGGAGGACAUUUCUCGACUUCGGCGGAAACUGGAGAAGCAGAAGAAGGUAGAGGUCUAUGCUGAUGCUGAUGAGAUUCUACAGGAGGAGAUAAAGGAGUACAAGGCCCGGUUGACCUGUCCCUGCUGUAACACCCGGAAGAAAGAUGCUGUCCUCACCAAGUGCUUUCACGUCUUCUGCUUUGAGUGUGUACGGGGCCGCUAUGAGGCCCGCCAGAGAAAAUGCCCAAAGUGUAAUGCUGCUUUUGGGGCUCAUGACUUCCACCGUGUCUAUAUUAGCUGAGGCAACUUGCAUCCAGAUUCUCCAACUUCUACAAUCUGUUGGUUGAGCUAACUGGGUUGGAGGACCAAGACCUGCAUGGUUUCCAUGGUGCUGUCAACUGAGCCUAGACCUCAGGAGUCAUGCCUCCAAGCCUCUCUUCCUUUCUGCUUCUGGAACCUUAGCCAUCCAACCCUCGAACACUUCACCUGUUUGGCAUGUGUGAGUUUAUCCAGCCAUACCCUCAGAUCUUGAUUUUUCUGGUUCAGAACCCAGGCAUCCUGACCCCCACAACUCACCUUCAAGAUUGAACUGUCCUGGUGAAAGCACCCUCUGCUCUGGUCUGUCACGGGAAGUGGCUCACUUUGGAAAAGGUUGCCUUUCUCCAUUUGGCCUUACCUGGACCCAGCCUGGCAGGGGAAGGUGAUUCUGUAGGCUGGUCUGCCUGAGCUUAGGUGAACUUGCCCCUCCGAAGGUUGAUUUAGGGGAGGAGAGUUAUUUUCUGCCACAUUAAUCUCACUCCACAGGGAAAGCUCUCUCUGAUCCCGGUCUGUAGCCAGGCCUUAUCCAUAGUUUUUUCUUCUCCCUUCAUCCCCUUUGCCUUGUUGCCUCGCUUUCAAAAGCUAUCUGACAUUCAUCCCCUUGGGACUGUUCCUCCUUAUUGAUCAGCCUGACUUCCUAGGAAAUUUCCUUUCACCUAACAGGAUGCAUCAGGAGGCAUUAUAACCUCAGUCUCGUUCCCAGAGUGAGAUUUCCCAUAUUAACCUCCACCUUGAGGAGCCCUCCAGAUUACUUGUAGCUGCAUCUGGAUCAGGGGCUGGCCCCACCAGGUGCAUUCUCUACUGUUGGGGGAGCUGGGCAGGGCACCAAGGGGAGUUGUCUUAUCUUCUUGGGGCUGGGAGAGAAAUCUUUCCCAUGUUGGGUGACCCAUGAAGGGUCUCUCUCUCUUUCUCGCUUUGUAUUGCUGUCCCUCUCUUUUCUUUGUAAGGAGCUGCCAAAUCCUUCUGAACCUGGUAUACCUGGGUCUUUCUACUCUGGGGCCUGUAUUACUGGAUGAGGCUGGGACUACAUCCUCAGGUCAGGAGGAGGAUCUAUCUCAGAACGGUGAGGGUCUUCGGGAUCCAGUGCAACUGAAACUGCCCCCCUGGCGAAGCCUUUGCUCCCUUUGUGACAAGGGUCAGGUGUCCCAUUGCUGUGCAUUUUCCAGAAACCCUCUGCCCAGGAGCUUUGAUCCACUGUGCAUUUACUCUCCAGACCCCAUUUCUCUCUCCUUCAAAAGUUCUAGCCUUCAGCUCCAGCCUUCUUGGUUGUCCUGCAGGAUCUGGGAGUCUCAUAUGCUAGAGAUGGAACCAAGUCUUUAGGUUUAGUUGGCCCCUCUUGCUUUCCCUGAGCCCCCUCAUCUCAGAGCCCCAGCAACCUUAGGCCCACUUCUUCCAUCUGAUAAUUACAAAUGGAGCAGGGAGUAGUUCUUAGAAGGAAGAGAGGAAGAAGUAAUCAGAGAAAUUUAGAGACAAGUGUGGUGUAAGACAACACCAUAGCUGAAAAGACUUUCCAGUAACAAAUUUUCACAUCUGAGUCCAUCUGAUUCCUCCUCAUGUUCAACUUCCAUCCUCAUCCUCUACACCUCUCCCACCAACAUCUUAUCUCAUGACUUCAUCACCAAGGAGGGGCAAGAUUCAUUUUUUAAGUUCCUAUAUGCUUGGAUCCAGAUGUCCUGUGUGUUAGACAGAUUUCUUGUAUGGCUGAUAUUUGUUGUGAAGAAUAAACAUUAAACCUUUCCCUGAAGAUCA